AUGUCCGGCCUUGACGCGCCCGAGAUUGCGGCGGCAUACGAUGCUGUGCGCUCCGACAAGGACGAGACCAAUUGGCUGCUCAUCUCGUACGCGGCCGCGUCCGGCAACAAGCUCGAGCUCAGCGGCACGGGCAGCGGCGGCCUGGAGGAGAUGAAGGCGGCGCUGGACGACAGCCAGGUCCAGUACGGCUACGUGCGCGUCGAGUACGCCAACGACAAAGAGAGCACGCGGGUCAAGUUCGCCGUCGUCGUCUGGAUCGGCGAGGGGACAAAGGUGAUGCGCAAGGCACGCGUGAGCAUCGAGAGCGGCGAGGUCAAGAGGGUGCUGUCGCACCACAGCAUCGCCAUCCCCGCCAACGACAAGAGCGAGCUGGACGAGAAGGAUAUCGUGACGAGGCUGCGCAAGGCUGGAGGGGCGGACUACAACGGGGGCCGUGGUUGA